UGGGACGAGGCAACCAUGGCUAACAAACUAGCUUUUGAGGCUUUAGAUCGCACAUUACAAGACCUAAGGCAGUCCUCAAGACCAUUUGGCGGUAUCUUAGUUGUCCUGUCUGGGGACUUUCGUCAGACAUUACCAGUCAUUCGAGGAGGUACACGUGCCAAUGAAAUUGAUGCCUGCAUCAAGUCAUCACAUUUAUGGCAACACGUAGAAACACAUUCUUUGACAACUAACAUGAGAGCUUAUCUCUACGGUGACGCCAACGCUGCUGAGUUUGCAAGUCUCUUGCUGCGAGUUGGGAACGGUCAUAUACCGGUAGUUGAAGGACGUCAUACCAUCUUCAUUCCAGAAGAUCUUGGCACAGUUACCGACUCUCCUCAGACCUUGAUAGAGCGAGUGUACCCAAACUUGCAACAUCACUACCAAGACUUCGAAUGGCUAAUGCAACGAGCUAUUCUCGCACCACACAAUGUCUCCAUUCGUGAUAUUAACUGGGAGAUGCUUCAGCUGUUUCCUGGAGAGAUAAAGAUCUAUAAAUCAAUUGAUACGGUCAGAGAUGAUGAUGCAGUACACUAUCCCUCGGAGUUUCUUAACUCCCUGGAACCUGCUGGUAUGCCUCCUCAUAAACUGGCUCUAAAGGUGGGAAUUCCUCUAAUGGUUGUUCGAAAUCUGGCUCCUGGGAUUGCAAACGGCACACGUCUUAUACUAAAGAGAAUGAUGAACAACUGUCUGGAAGCAACUAUUGCUACUGGACCGCAUAAAGCCCAGGACGUGUAUCUGCCAAAGAUACCACUAAUUCCCAGUGAUACUGGACUACCAUUUGAAUUCAAACGACUUCAGUUUCCAGUUAAGGUCUGCUUUGCUAUGACUAUUAACAAGGCACAAGGGCAGACCUUAGCUGUGGCAGGGCUAGAUCUACACGAGCCAUCCUUUAGCCAUGGACAGCUUUAUGUUGGCAUUUCUAGAGUUGCCUCCAAACAUGGACUAACUUUCUUGGCAAAAGAAGGAAAAACCAAAAACGUAGUGUACCAGGAAGUGCUGUCGACAAGAUGAUCAUCUUUAUAUUCACUGCAGGCAUUCAUGCCCAACAUCACCUAUGAUGCUGGCCAACAGCGACUGAACCAGGGUUAGCUUAGAAGAGGUUGACUGUUAAUAGGAGUGUGCAAGCACUCCAUGACAUCUCAGACUGUGCCUUUGCAUGGCUGUACAUUCAGCCCAACUGAACAUUCAAGACACCGCUUUUAAUCAUGCACACAUGGUCAAUUAGAUAAACAUUAAUGACUAACGACUAAACAGACAAAACACUACAAUAAUGCACUAAAAGGUAGGUAGACAAUAUGUAUCACACAGCAACAAACAGGACAAAGUAGACCGUUUUGGCGGCUGCAGCAGCUGGUGAUGCAUCAAUUUCUCAAAGAGACCUAUGCUGAAGACAUCAAGCAGGGAUGAUAACCAACACUCUAGACCAGAGAGUUUGGAAAUCUACAAAGAUCUCUCUAUACAAACUGUACGUGACUUGGCUACACCCCCUCUGCCUCUCCAACCAUCAAACGCAUUUUUAGAUACUCUCUGCUGUAAUCUCUACCUAUAAAAGCGACCUGUCUGUCUGUUUGUGUGUUUUUCUGUACUGUCUGUCUGUCAUUAAUAGCAAACAGUGUCUGCAAAUCAAUAAUUUGUGUCAUUAAACUAUUACCCGGGUGUUGUCCCCCGGGUGUUGUCCCCCGGGCGAAGCCGGGCAUUGGAGCUUGUCUAUAUAUAAAGGAGAGGUGUCUGUGUGUCUGUCUGUCUGUCUGUCUGUCUGUGUGUCCGUACGUACGAGCGUCUCUCGAAGACGGCGAGUCCGAUCUCGGCCGAAUUUCGCUCGCGCACGCCGAAUUCAUUCAGGUCGAAAGUCAGACCGCGGUCGUCUUCCUGACUUCUCCCACGACGACGCCGUUUCCCGCCGAUCGCGCUCGCUUCCGCUCGCGCGCGAAUAUCUCCGGAACGGCGCAUCGUGUCUCCACCGAAUUUAGACUGCCCGUUCCCGACGUCGGACGGUACGCGCCGAGCGUGUCGUCUAUUGCCGGUGACGUCGGGAAAAGGAAGAUAUUCUUGCUGAUAUCCGGGUCUCGAAAAAAUACGCACACAGUCGUUUGCCAGUCUGCGACCGUCGAAGAGCUGCCGUGUUUGAUGCACCUGUUCCCCGAAACGCCAGCAACGUCUUCGAAGAGACGACGUUCAGCGGGACCGUCGAAAUGACGACAGUCGGUACGCGUCGUGACUUUGUUAGAUACGGAGCUGCCGUGUUUGAUGCACCUGUUCCCCGAAACGCCAGCAACGUCUUCGAACAGACGACGUUCAGCGGGACUGUCGAAAUGACGAGAGUCGGCAUUCGUCAUAUACGGGGAACGGAUUAUCCGGGUAAGUAUUGCACGUGACUUGCACGUUCCGGGAUUCACGUCGAAAUUAUAGAUGCCAGGUUCGAUACACCUGUUCUCCGCAACGGGACUGUCGAAAUGGCUUCAACGGGAUCAAUAAUCCAAUCAACGGGAUUUUUUGAAACUGGACACGUGUCGAAUAGAUGCCAAGUUCGAUACACCUGUUCCUCGCAACGGCAGCAACGUCCAAGUCGAAAUGGUUUCAACCAAUCGUUAAUCCAAAAAUCAGCGGGCUCUAGAAAUGGCAAUUGUACGGGAUAUAACUAUGAAUGAGAAUUCUGUCUGGCUGCUACUAAACGGUAAAAGCACUUACACCACGGCUAAUUAGUGACAGUAAACGGUUCUCUAUACAAACUGUACGUGACCUGGCUACACCCCCUCUGCCUCUCCAAGCAUCAAACGCAUUUUUAGAUACUUUCUGCUAUAAUCUCUACCUAUAAAGGCGACCUGUUUUUCUGUCUGUCUGUCUGUCUGUCAGUCUGUCUGUCUGUCUGUCUGUCAAUGGUAUUAUAUUUUCAUAAAUCAGAACUAUUACAGGCUAAAUCAAAUUAAGCAAAGCACGAUACACUACAUUACAAUGACAACUAAAAAGCAAAAAACUGAACACUCUGUCUGUCUCCCGGAUAACAUGGAUGGACAUCACAAAGUGCAUGGCCACCAUAGAAGACGCCUAGCCUGACGCGAGGUAAAGAUGUGUACAAUCCAUGAUAACAAUGUUGGU